AUGAAGAGUCUUUUAAUUCUUUUUGUUCUUCUUAGUACAGCAGUGGGAGAACCUCACAAUUUGGAUGAUACCCAAAACGAGAAAAGAGCUAUAGUAGACUCGCUAGAUGAGAGAGGAAUAGGAGAUCUUUUGCUCGGAGCACUUAAUGGGCUUGGUGGCGGCGCCUCGACAGGAGGCGGAGCUAAUGUGGGAGCCACUCUUCAAGUUGGGGCAUCCAUUGGCCUCUCAAACCCGCUUGCCGGAUCUCAAAAUUCGUCAACAAACAGUGCAAAUAUUGGCACAACUUCAACUGGAGUUUCUAGUGUGCUGACCACAUCGCCUGCUGGAUCUCUCAUGGGCCUACAACCUUCUCAGAUAUCAUCAUCGUCGCAAAUCUCUAGUGCUUCCAUCUCUUCAAGUACGACCCAGGAUGGAGGUCUAUUUGGACUCUUUCCGGGAAAGACAUCCUCUAGUUCAGGCCAAUCAGGUUCAAGCUCCGCUUCUCAAUCAUCCAGCAAAUCGUCCUCUAGCUCCACUUCAAGUUCAACCAGCAACGGUGAUGACGACGAUUGCAUUGAUGACAGCGACGACGAAAGUGAUUGGUUGGGUAGCCUCUCCAGUCAACUUGCUUCUAAGACAGCUACCCCUGCCUCCAACACGAAUGCAGCCUCUGGUGCAUCAAGUCUGUCUCGAGCUUCCCAGACUUCAUCCGCUUCUCUGCUGGGCUCGUCCGCUUCUCUGCUGGGCUCGUCCGCUUCUCUGCUGGGCUCGUCCGCUUCUCUGCUGGGCUCGACAAGCUCCCAAACUACCAAUAGCAGUCUGAGCCCUCUGUCAAGAGGAUCACUGUCAACUGGGGCUACUGGUGCAAAUCCUUCAUCCUCAACAACCUCUUCAAAAGGCAACUUCUGGGAUAAUUGGUUUGGAAAAAAGACAUCUACCACAUCUUCGUCUUCUUCGUCAACUUCAUCUACAACUUCAGCCUCAGCUUCAACUUCAGCCUCGGCUUCAACUUCAGCCUCGGCUUCGUCUUCUCUGGCUUCUGCUACAAAGCAAUCGAGCUCAGCGCAGGCAACUCUGAACUCUACUGCUAGCUCUACCUCUCUGAAAACAAAUUUCUGGGAUAAUUGGUGGAACAAAAAGACGACUACCACUUCAGCGACACAAAAUUCUAAUUCUCAAACCACUACUGGAUCCGGAUCAGCCUCUGCAACACCAGGAUCCAAUUCAAAGCAGGCUUCUCCUAGCACGACAGUCACGACCAAGGUGGUAACGGGUCCUACGCCUACACCAACAAUCAGUUCUCAACUAUACACUAGCUUCAAUACUGGUGUCUAUACAUCAACUUUCACUUCCAAUGGAGUGGUCACUUAUGUUGUGAAGACCAUCUACCCUUCCACAGGUCCUUCAGAGGAAUGGUACUGUGAAGAAGACACAGACUUCGUUUUCGCAACAACUGCUGUAUACGGACAAGGUGGCUCUCCACCAGCUUCGACUACCAAAACUCCAUGGUGGCAGGGCUCUUCUCUGGGAGGUUAUGACACAACUUGUCAGGCCAAUUGCGAUGCUAUCUAUUGUGGUGACGAAGACUACGACUAUUAUGACACCGAUGAUGAAGGUACCUCAUCGGUAGCUACAUCGACUUUGAAAGUCACCUCAAAGGCGACAGUGACUUAUAAGACGACUGUUGCGGGUCAGGUUACCCAAGCAACCACUGUGGUCACCAUGGUAUCCUCGUUUACAUCCACGGGUGUACAGAAAUACACAACGACCGGCAUGGACUCAUUCUACAGUGAUUGUGUCUAUGAAGACGAUGACGAUGACGAUUUCUUCAGCACAACUUCUACGCUGACGUCAAAAUCACUGAUUAAAUCACUGGCGUCCACCCUGGUGCUAGCAUCGACUACAUCACUGUCCGGCUCAUCAAAGACGCUUUCAAGUUCAAGCUCCUCGGCGACUAAAUCUGGCCAAUCCCUGACUUUGUCAAGUUCCUCCGCUUCGAGUUUGUCGCUGGCAACAACUCAAAAGCCUUCAUCUACUGCUUAA